UCCUUGUCCUCUGCAACAUGACAUUAGCCCAUAGUUGUCAUAUGAGACAUCUGUGGUUUUCCUGUGAACAAGCUCCACAUCUGCUUUUCUAUUGAAACAUUUAAUCUUUGUCCCAGUCACUGCCACCAUCUUCUGUGAAGUCAGACUAACAGUAUGUAUGUAGCUGUCUAAAAAAUGACAUUGUUCAUCCCUGAUAUGGCUGGUCGGCUGUUUUUGCUCAUCCUCCUUUUCGAUACCUUCCAGUACCUCAAAGCCAAAGAUCCUCCUCAGCCCAGUCUAACAGUGAUUCCUGCAGUCAUCAAAGAGAGAGACUCAGUUCAGCUGAACUGUCAGACUCCUCCAUCUGUCUCUGAGUGUUACUUCAAAAUGGCUGGGCAAGUGGAAUUCACCCUUCCAUCACCCUGUCAACAGACACUCACAGGAACACUACUGGUGAGGUGGACAGGUCAGAGUUCACCAGCUGAGGUCAAAAUACAAUGUCAGUACAGUGCUACAGGUUCACAGUUUAGAUCCAUAUACAGUGAGCCUUCAACAGUCACAAUUCAGGACCUUCCCCAGCUGACAGUGAGUUCUACAGUCAUCAAAGAGACAGAAUCAGUUCAGCUGAGUUGUGAGACUCGUCCAUCUCUCCCUGUGUCUCACUGUUACUUCUACAUAGAGGGGAGGAAGAAUCUUCCAGACUCAUCCUGUACUCAGACACUCACAGGAACAGAGCUGCUCAAGAGGGCAGAUCAAACGUUUCCAGAUGUGGUCAAAGUGAUGUGUUACUAUGCUGUAGGGAGGUCUCACACAUCUCCUUUAAGUGACCCUGUCUCAGUCACUGUUCAGGACCCACCUCCUCCCAGGCUGACAAGGGGAUAG